CCUCAGGACCAAGAACGUUCUCAGUAAGGUCGUCGCGUUUGAGUGACGGCGGCGCCUGUCAGUCAUGAGCUGGUGCGUGUCCCGUGUGUCCGCCGCUCUCCGGAGCCCGGUUGUCCGCCGUUUGCUCAGCCAGAGCAGUAGUUCCCGGGAGCACCUGGACGCGCUGGUGAAGAAGGACAAGGUGGUGGUGUUUAUAAAGGGGACGCCGGCGCAGCCCCUGUGCGGCUUCAGUAACGCGGUGGUGCAGAUCCUGCGGAUGCACGGGGUGGACGAGUACGCGGCCUAUAACGUGUUGGAGGACCAGGACCUCAGGCAUGGGGUGAAGAAUUACUCGAACUGGCCCACCAUCCCGCAGGUGUACCUGAACGGGGAGUUUGUGGGGGGCUGCGACAUCCUCCUUCAGAUGCACCAAAACGGAGACCUGGUGGAGGAGCUGAAGAAGCUGGGCAUCCGAUCCGCCCUUCUAGACGCAGAGCCGAGCCAAGAGAAGAAGUAACGGGCGGCGGCUCCGCCUGCGCUGUGAACUGUUUCAUAGCCCCCCCGAGGCGGUGACUCCCCCUCCCCACCGGAGAAGCCUUACGAACUGUCCUGUCGAUCCUGCAGGAAGCAAAUGUCGCCUUCCUACUGGGUGGGUCCUUCCUAUAGCUGCACGGAGAAGGAUUGUACGCGUGUCCGACACUGAUCACACUAGAGCAGAAAUAAAGUCUAAUUCUAUAGUAUAAUGGC